AUGUUUACAGAUCCCGUGGCCGAGCAGUGUUCGAGAAACCCCACAACAUUUCUGCCUCACCCAAGCAACUGCCAUCAGUACUACAACUGUAGUGGAAACUCGAACCUCUACCCCUCGCGGCCUGACCCGGACUCUGCAAACUUUUACCUGUACGAGUGCACCUAUCCUCAGCUUUUCAACAAGAACACCUUGCGGUGUGAGGACUACAGACAAGUGCAGUGUGGAGAGAGAUUUGAACCCGUGGACAAAUGUGAGUACAUUCAGUAUCAGUGCCGGGGGCCCAACUGCAUCCCAUGCAACGUGUACUCGCCGAGCUGCAAGGACCUGCCUGAUGGCCCCGACGUCUACAGGGGCAGAGAGUGGACUCCCUACUUCUCUAUCUGUCAGGACCAGCGACUUGUCAACACCAGUACCUGUCCUAGAGAUGAAAUCCUGAACGUUGCUCGGCUUUUCUCGCCAGUUCGUAGAGAAUGCCAGAAUUUGUAUGGAAUACCUGUGGAGCAUGGUGGCUACUUUCUCAACUGCACAGGCCGUCCUGAUGGCUUGUACUCUGAUGACGUCACCAACAGACCAAACCUCUACUUCCGGUGUGAUUCUGGGGUACAGACGAGGAUCUAUCUGUGUCCAGACGGUCAGCGCUUUUAUCAGCAAACAUCUUCCUGCACAUCACUUGUGUACGUUCCACUUAACAAGCCUGAGUUUUCGUCGACAAUGUUGCUGUCAUCACCUUCCGUCAUCGUCGGAGUUGUCCUCGUUAUCGUCGCUGUAGCACGAGAUUCUGUGCCCGAGCUGUGUUCGAGGUACCCCACUGCAGUGUUCGCUCACCCAAGCAACUGCCAUCAGUACUACAACUGCAGUGGAAACUCUUACCUCAUCUACUACCCUUCGCGGCCUGACCCGGACUCUGCAAACUUUUACCUGUACGAGUGCACCUAUCCUCAACUUUUCAACAAGAACACCUUGCAAUGUGAGGACUACGGACAAGUGCAGUGUGGAGAGAGAUUUGAACCCGUGGACAAAUGUGAGUACACUCGGUACCAGUGCCAGAAAGUUUCCCACUGCAUCCCAUGCGACGUGCACUCGCCGAGCUGCAAGGACCUGCCUGAUGGCCCCAACGUCUACAGGGGCAGAGAGUGGACCCCCUACUUCGCUGUCUGUCAGGACCAGCGACUUGUCAACACCAGUACCUGUCCUAGAGAUGAAAGACUGGCCAUUGCUCAGCUUUUCUCGCCAGUUCGUAGAGAAUGCCAGAAUUUGUAUGGAAUACCUGUGGAGCAUGGUGGCUACUUUCUCAACUGCACAGGCCGUCCUGAUGGCUUGUACUCUGAUGACGUCACCAACAGACCAAACCUCUACUUCCGGUGUGACUCUGGGGGGCAGAGCAUCUGCACGUCUCUGUUCGGAGUCCUGCCCCACCCCACGGACUGCAGCGGGUACAUCGAGUGUGUCGGGGGUCAGCCGGUGCAGCGGCGCUGCCCCACGGACAGAGUGUUCAGCUCCCUUCUGGACGACUGUGUCUUCCCCUGGGACACCAAUGCCGACCUCUGUCCUAGAAAAGAAGCAAUAUGUUUUUCAGAUUCCGUGUUCGAGAUAUGCACGAAGUACCCUACAGCAGUGUUCCCUCACCCAACCAGUUGCCACCAGUACUAUAACUGCACCGGGUACUCCUUUCUCAUCAGGUAUCCCCCAGUACUACUUCCGGGCUCAGAAGCCCUGUACAGGUUCGAGUGUGUUUAUCCGCAGGUGUUCAAUGAAAUCACCUUGCAGUGUGAUGAUUACCGCAAUGUGCAGUGUGGAGUGAGACAGCAGCCUCUGGACAAAUGUGAGUACACCGCACACACCUGCCAGAGACCAGCUUUCUGCUUUCCGUGUUCAAUACCCAGCUGCCGCGGUCUGUCUGAUGGCAGGAAUGUCUACACGGGCAAGGAGUGGACCUCGUCCUUCAUCGUUUGCGAGGAUCAGCGAAUCGUUAGCGACGGUGUCUGCUCAGCUGAUACAAGACUGAACAUGAGUCAGAUUUUCUCGCCUGACCUCAGACAGUGUGUGACCAUGUAUGAGAUACCCAGUGAACAUGGCGGUUCUCCGUUCAACUGCAGAGGUCGUCCUGAUGGCCUGUACCCGGAUGACGUCACCCGCAAACCGAACUUAUACUUCCAGUGCACUUCCGGUGCUCUUGUACAAAUAUCUCUGUGUCCGGAGACCCAGUACUUUGACCAACGGUCUUCUUCCUGUGUGGCUCGUGGGUACGCUCCACUUCACAAGCCUGAGUUGUCGUCGACAAUGUCGCUGUCAUCACCUUCCGUCAUCGUCGGAGUUGUCCUCGUUAUCGUCUCUGUGGCUCGAGGUCAGAAGCUGACGAGUCCCUGCACGUCUGUGUUCGGAAUGUUGUCACAUCCCACGAACUGCACGCGCUUCAUCCAGUGUGAGUGUAGUUCACUCCAUGUUUGUGACUUUAUUUUAGUGAAUGUGUUUUGUGGCCUUUGUCCGACUGUUGACAGAGUCUGUUGUGGAGAUGUGCAAGGGGACCCCACUGCGAUGUUGGCUCACCCAGCCAACUGUCACCAGUACUACAACUGCAGUGGACACACGCCUCUCACCUGGUUUGUCUCCCAACUCGCCCCGGACUCACCGGACUUCUACCUGUACGAGUGUCCGUACCCACAGCUGUUUAAUGAGGGUACCUUGCGAUGUGAGGACUACAGGGAUGUGAAGUGUGGAGAGAAGUUCCUUCCCCUGGACCCGUGUGAGUACACCUCCAACCAGUGCCGCAGGCCUCGCUGUGUGGAGUGCAACAUCCGGGCUCCCAGCUGCCGAGGUUUCGCUGAUGGUGUCAACGUCUUCAGAGGCAGACUGUGGUCCCCGUAUUUUGUUGUUUGUGAGAACCAGCGACUUGUCAACAUCAGCAGCUGCCCCAUAAUCAAGGGUAAUGAGGUUUUCUCGCCAAUCCUCGGGAGAUGCGUAAACCCGGUUGAAAUACCAGAGGAUCUUCGUAGCUAAAGCGGCCGCCCUGAUGGCUUAUACUCCGAUGACGUCAGCAGCAAGGAGAAGCCGUGCUUCCGGUGCACCUUGGGCUGCAGACAAACAUCUCUCUGUAUGGAGACCGCCAGUGUCUUGAUGUAAACUCUGUUUCCUGCUUACCGAAUGCUCUUGAAAAAUAAUGUUUGAAAAUGUAAGAUUCUAGCCUGUCAGUCAUCAAGGCACUGUUAGUUUUAGUAAUAAACUAUUGAAAUCUUUUUUAAAUUAUAGUUUUGGUUCUAUGACAAUGAUCUACCCCAAAA